CGAAACAAGUCCAGAACGUCCAGAACUCCAGACGAGUUAGAACUGGUCAGAACCGUCAGAACAAUUGACGAGGUGCAUUGUGCGCAGCUAAGACGAGACAAAAACAGAAGCGUCUUCAUUCUUUGAGACUACUAUCUAUAACAACUGACAACAUUCUAUCAAUAAAGCGGAUCGGCAAAGGACAAUGGAGAGGGGCCAAAAAAGACGGCGAGAGUGGGGGGAGGAUCUGGAGGACGAGUAUUUCGCCGAACCAGAUGCUCAAGCAUCGAAUGGAAUAACCUGGGAAAAUGCAUUCCCCGGCGCAAAAUCAGAUUAUCGACUGAAGGGGCUCAGGAAAAUCGCGCAGGGUAAAACAGUCAUCGGUAAAGUGAAUUGGAUCCACUCCAGGGGCUUAUUGACGACUGGAUCAGGCACGAGAUCGUACCUUCCAUUCAUGAUUGAGGACAGGUCAGGAGAAAUGCCGGUCACAGCCUGGCACGAAGUGGCUGUGCCUUUAUUCAACAUCAUUGAGGAAGGACAGUUCGUGAAAUUAAUCGGGAGCAAAGUGGAACGGAAGAGGAACAAAGCAGAUGGACACGAAUUUCAGAUCACAGUGGGGAGAGGGUCAAAAGUCGAAGUUUGUGUCAAACUCGGUGAAAUUUGCGUCGUAGACCCAUCUGUUCCAAUGCAGGUUCAAAUUAGCUAUUUGAAAAAACCACACACCUGUGCAUCAAUCACUCUGGACGUGAAGAUGCUGGUAUCUGAAGGGGUGCAAUGCAGCCAGGCAGGAGUCCAGUACGUUCACUUCAUUGGCUCUGAUGGGACAGGGGAAAUCUCGUGUAUAAUCUAUGAACCACACAGCGCUAAGAUCGGCCAUCGAAUAAAGGAGGGAACUCGCGUUCAGUUGGAGAACGUCGCAGUCAAACAAAUAAACCCAGAGUACCAAUCCCACUGUAACCACCCAUUGGAGAUUGGAGUUUUCACAGAAGCGAGGAUAAAAAUUCUGGAGGAAAGUACUAGGACGUGUCCAAGUACCCAAACUGUUGCAGCUACACCUGCGAGCAGUUGUCCCACUGCUGGGGGGAGUCGUCCAAGGACUCCCACACUACAGAGACCAUCCAACGUGAUGGAGCGGCCAAUUCAGGAGAAUGUGCAGGUAAAGUUGGAGAAUGUGGUUGAAAGUAACGUCGACAGAAGUAUCGCACCCCCGUGCGAAAACGAUGUGGAAAUAAACACCUGCAAGGAAGGCAGGGUAACCAAACUCGACCCCAUUCAUGACAGCUAUGGGCGCUUUUAUACUAAGGACUACGAUUGCAACUACAACCUAGACGAUGAAUUCACAGAGCCUACAGAGGCGAAGUAUUCUGAUGCUCCAACUGCCGAUGAAGUGAGCGCAGAGGCGAAGGACGCCAAUGUUUCAAUUAUGAAUGAAGGGGUUGCGCUUUCUCUCCCUUCACCAACGUUCGAGCGAGUGUCACCCGUCGUCGGCCAACCUGGGAUAUUCCUCACUGUCAGAUAUGUGGUCACUCCACAGACUGCCAAAAGCUUCCUGUAUGACAUGCCUUACUUCACUUUUGUUGGUGAAGUCGGUGGCAAUUACAUCACGUGCACAGUCUACGACUCAAAUUCCACCCUUAUUCGUCCCAUCGAAGUGGGUGCCCGUGUGAAAGUGUUCAAUCAUGAAUUGGUACAUAUCGACGAUAGAUACCCCUUACUGUGUGAUAAUCCACAUCAGAUUGUCGUCUUCAACCCAAGCAACAUCAAAGUUGUGAACUAUGGUGAAAGAACAGCUCAGAAGUUCUACCUGGCCACCUUCGACGGACUAGCUGAUCUGCAAGUUUAUGAUUUUGUUGAUGCAGAUGUAAUUGUCGCUCGAGUUGAAUGCGAUAAGGGUGUCGUGAAUAUUUGGAGAUUAAUGGUCAUGGAUGUAAAUAAAUACUUGAUUCCGAUCAUCAUCGCUGGAUCAGAAGAGAUUUUUUCCUCUUUCCUCAUUGGUAACAUUGUCCAUUGCAGCGACCUCCAAUUUCGCAUAAUCAGGGGAAAGUCUCAGCUCCACUUCAUUGAUGGAAAAUCCAAAAUUGAGAGGAAAUCGGUUGAUGAAGCCCGUUAAAUAUUCAAAAAAGACUGGAAUGCUCCGCAACUUUUUUUUCAUUUGCUCUUAGUAUUAAAGAAAAUUACAUUCCUUAAAGACGUAUCUCAGAGACAGAUAUCGUGGAGACUAUUUAUUUAUAUACAUUAUUUGAAGACUUUAUUUGAAUGUUAAAGUUAUCCCUGGAGGAUGAAAAUGGAUUGUGAGUAUUGUGUUCAAUAUUAAGGUUUUGCUCAUUAUCUACACCAUGUACUAGUUUUUUUAUCUGUAAGAUUGUGUUAGUGCUCAUAUUUAUGCUGUGUCAAGCCAAAGACUUGGCCCAGUUAAUAAAAUUUUAUAUCGAGUUCUUAA